AGUGACAAGGUGCCAGCGAAGCCGAGGGGACGCUGCGUGUUCUCCACCGCCCACGUCGCCGCCCGCCCGGAGAAGUUUGCCUCGGGAGCACUGCAACCGCCGUGGCCACCGCGGCCGGGAAGGAAGCCGCGUCCGAAGCCGCUUCACCCGGAGCCGCAGCGGGACGGGGGUCGCCUCUGGCGGGACGCGGCGGGGGGACGUCGCCCCGCCCGCGCCAUGGCAGCGCGCUCGCGGAGACCCUGGCUGAGCGUGGUGCUGGGGCUGGUGCUGGGCUUCACUGCCGCCUCCUGGCUCAUCGCUCCCCGGGUGGCCGAGAUGAACGAGAAGAAGCGGCGCGGCGCCAGCCUCUGUUCCUACUACAGCCGCGCGGCGGGGCCGGGGGCGGCCGGGGGCGCCGCCGCGGCGGGCGAGCAGCCGGCGGCCGCGGCGGUGCUGGGCGGCACGGGCGUGCGGAGCAGCCCAUGGGAACUGCCGGCGGCAGAGGACGGCACGGUGUCCAGCCCCGCCGCCGGCGGGGAAGCGGAGCAGGAGGAAGAGGAGGAAGGCGGCGAGAAGCGGAGCGGGCGGCCCGGCGGCAGCCGCAACGGGAGCGGUGACUGGGGAGGCGCGGCUGGCUGCGCCAAGCCUCGCAACUUCCUCUACGUGGGGGUAAUGACGGCCCAGAAGUACCUGGGCAGCCGGGCGGUGGCCGCGCAGCGGACCUGGGCGCCCUCGGUUCCGGGCCGCGUAGAGUUCUUCUCCAGCCAGGGCUCGGCCGCACCCCCAGGGCUGCCCCCGCUGCCCGUCGUCGCCCUGCCUGGCGUGGACGACUCCUACCCGCCGCAGAAGAAGUCUUUCAUGAUGAUCAAGUACAUGCACGACCACUACCUGGACAAGUACGAGUGGUUCAUGAGGGCGGACGACGACGUCUACAUUAAAGGUGAAAAACUGGAGGAGUUUCUUCGCUCACUGAACAGCAGUAAGCCUCUGUAUUUGGGACAGACUGGUCUGGGUAACAUUGAAGAACUUGGGAAGCUGGGUCUUGAGCCUGGAGAGAAUUUCUGCAUGGGAGGACCAGGAAUGAUCUUCAGCCGGGAGGUUCUGAGGAGGAUGGUGCCACACAUAGGUGAAUGCCUUCGUGAGAUGUACACCACUCAUGAGGACGUGGAGGUGGGCAGGUGUGUCCGAAGAUUUGGAGGAACACAGUGUGUUUGGUCCUAUGAGAUGCAGCAAUUGUUCCAUGAGAACUAUGAACACAACCGCAUGGGUUAUAUUCAAGACCUUCACAACAGCAAAAUUCACACAGCUAUAACACUUCAUCCAAACAAAAGGCCAGCCUACCAAUACAGGCUGCACAAUUACAUACUGAGUCGCAAAAUUUCUGAACUGCGCUAUCGGACCAUUCUUCUCCAUAGGGAAUGUGCCCUCAUGAGCAAGCUCAGUAACAGCAAAGUAACGAAGGAAGAUCAGCAACUGGGAGUGAUACCAUCUUUCAAUCAUUUCCAGCCACGUGAAAGAUCUGAAGUCAUUGAGUGGGAAUUCCUGACAGGAAAAUUUCUUUACUCAAUGGUAGAGAGUCAACCACCCCGGCAGAGCGUGAGCAGUGUCCUGCGGGCUGCACUAGAUGACACCGUUAUGCAAGUCAUGGAAAUGAUAAAUGAGAACUCUAGAUCUAGAGGAAGGCUGAUUGAUUUCAAGGAAAUACAAUAUGGAUACCGCAGGGUGGACCCUAUGCAUGGGGUGGAGUACAUCCUGGAUUUACUACUCUUGUACAAAAGGCACAAAGGAAGGAAAGUUACGGUUCCAGUGAGACGUCAUGCUUUCCUUCAGCAACUAUUCAGCAAACCCUUCUUUAGAGAAGCAGAAGAACUAGAUGUAAGAAGCCUGCUGGAGGAUACCAAUACCGACACACAAUCUUUCUCUUUUCCUUCAAAUUCUUUCAAGAUUUUUUCUUCAUCAUUUCAAGGCACCAAAGACAUUGUGGGACACAGUGACAAGAAAAUACAUAUUCUUGUCCCUCUUAUAGGAAGAUUUGACAUUUUUUCAAGAUUUAUGGAAAACUUUGAGAAGACUUGCCUGAUUCCCAGACAGAAUGUAAAGUUGGCAAUAAUUCUCUUCAGUUCCGAGUUAGGACAGGACUCUAUUAAACACAUAGAUCUGAUGAAAGAAUAUAGCAUUAAGUAUCCUAAGGCAGAUAUGACCCUGGUUCCUAUGACAGGAAAGUUUUCCAGAGGUUUAGGUCUUGAAAUGGCUUCAUCCCAAUUUGACAAUGGCACUUUGCUACUGUUCUGUGAUGUUGAUCUGAUAUUCACACCAGACUUCCUACAGAGAUGCAGAGAAAACACUAUUCAGGGAGAACAGGUUUACUACCCUAUCAUAUUCAGCCAGUAUGAUCCAAAAGUAGUAUAUGGAGGCAACCCUCCAGCUGACAGUAGUUUUAUUUUCACAAAAAGAACUGGAUUUUGGAGGGAGUAUGGAUUUGGAAUCACCUGUAUUUACAAAAGUGAUCUACUUACUGCUGGUGGAUUUGAUACCUCAAUUCAAGGCUGGGGUCUUGAGGAUGUAGACCUCUAUACUAAAGUGAUAACAUCAGGCUUGAAGGCUUUUAGAAGUCAGGAAGUAGGAGUUGUUCAUAUUUUUCACCCAGUUCGUUGUGACCCCAGUUUAGAUCCAAAACAAUACAAAAUGUGCUUAGGAUCCAAAGCAAGUACAUUUGCUUCAACCAUGCAGCUUGCUGAACUCUGGCUAGAGAAACGUUUGGGUGUCAGAUACAAUCAAACCGUCUCCUGACAUCUCAACCCAUUUGGCCUUUUAAGGGGAGUUUACCUCAUUAAUCAAAUUAUUUUAUUUUGAUAUUGUAUUUUUAAACUCCCUUCUCUUUGUCUUCCAAAGACAUCAGACAAGAUGAGUCUGCUGUUCACUGAUGUUUCUUAUACCUACUGAAUGGAUUAGAUGAACUCUUUCAGAUUUCUUUUAUUUGAAAAUCAAUCAAAUCAUGGCAAUCACAUGACCUCAUGGAGCACAUCCAUCACAAGAGACUACAUCAGAAGAAUAUUCUUUUUUGCUUUAGGAUACAGUAUCAUCUUUGUUGUAUUUCUCAGACUUGAUGUGAUACAAAUACUUAAUAGUGAAGGUACCACAAAAGUGCUUUAUGCUUCUUCUGGGGAUGGAACUUUGUUACAUAAACUUGAGUUUUAUAAUUUAUAUGAGGACUUAUAUGUAUAAACACUACUUUUCUUCAUCUUGGUAGAGUUUUUAAAGUAAGCGAAUAACUAUGAUUGUACCUUUAUUUUUAAAAAGAAAGGAAAACUGAGGAGUUACUUGCAAAUGCAACUGGUACUGGCUACCAAGUUACCUUAAACGUCUUAUUAGAAUAACAAACUCCUCAUUGUUGUUCGCUCUAAGUGUAAAUGAACUUUAUUUUCUCAAAGAACAGAAUUUAUUCAAAUCUUCAUGUACACUUUAGGAGAUUUGUGAACCAAUGUCCUUCAUUUGCAGGCAAGAAGCUAUGACAUAUCAUGGUUAUUUAUGAUAAAGUGCGGACAAACAAUAGUCUUUUUUGAAACACAUAAUAUAAGUUGGUGUUUCUCUUUUUAGAAUAAAUCUCUAAUAUAUAAUUUUCUUUUACAUGCCUUUCAUAAAGCUGCACUAGAUAGAGAGCAUUAGAAGUUAAAGCUUUUUUUAUGUUUUCUGUGAAUAUUGGUACUCAGAAACAAUUUUUUGUUAAAAUAAUUGUAGAAUAAUUAUUUAAGUUUCAAAAUUUAUAAUUGCUGGUCAAAAUUCCUUGCCAAUAUAUUUAUAUUAGUGGAGGUUAUAAGACUGUGUUAAAAUCUAUCUCUCUGGACAUCCUAAUGUCAUAUUACUGAUUUAUGGAGUAAAGUAUUUAAAAUGAUACCAAUUUAAGAAAUAAUGAAACCAACUUUUUGUAUUUUAAAGAAAUGUUUAUAUGGGGAUCUACAAAUGUGCAUGUGUGUGUGGUGUGUGUGUGUAUGUCCCUAUAUAUACAUAUACAUAUAUGUAUACGUAUAUGUAUCUAUCUAUCUAUCUAUGUAUAGAUAGAUAAAAUAGAGAAUGAUAGAGAAUCAUUUCAAAAGACAUUCCUUUUUUUCAUUUCAGGCAGUGAAUAUGUUACAGUUAUUUUUACCACAUGCUUGGAACAUUUCAUAUUAUACUGUGGUAAGAGUUCAAAGAUGUCCAAGAAACCAUGAGCCUUCAGCCAAACUUAAAUACAGAGGGUACAUCUAAUCUCAGUACCCUAAAUUUCAAACUGUAUUUCAAAUUGGAUUGGUGUCAGCGAUUUAUGGGCUGGUUUGGUGUUGUUCUGUGACUAGCAGGGCGAGGGGACACAGGGACCAUAAUACAAUAUAAUAUAUUAGAAUUAGAAUUGAAACUAAAAAAUCAAAUUAAAUGAGAGAGAGUGUCUGAAAGCCAAAGGCCUUACUGUGCUGUGAUGAGAUGGCACCCGGAACAGAGACGAGUCAGACAAUUGAAAGGGCUGUCAGGUGACCUACGAAGGCCUUUUAUCUUUUCCCCCUGAGUAGAAAUGUUAACAGAACAGGGAACAGUCCUCUGGGGGAUGUAGUAAUUCUUCUCUUCCAGGACAGCAUUGACUCUGUCCAAGUCCAAGUGCACUACAUGAUGUUAUGAUGUGGAAUACUGAUAACCAAACAUCAUAAAACCAUGACAACUGGAGGAAAAACAAACAAACAAACACACAAACAAACAAAAACUAAGCAAUUGUUGAAGUUUGCAUAUGCUUAAAUACAUUUUUCAUAGUGACACCCCCUCCCACUACCUCCUCUGUGUUUCCUUUCAAACAACAACAAUCAAGGGGUUGGAAUUCACUGGCAAGUCUAUUUGUGUGAAGAUAUCCUGAUAAAAUUUCAUAAGACACCAGGAGGGUGCAUAGGUUAGUUAAUGUCUCUUAUCUGUGAGUGGCUUGUUCUGGAUUUACUGUGCAAGGAAAAAGACAUCCCUGAAUGGGAAUGGGUAAACUCAGUCUUAAAGGGCUGGCCAUAGCCUUUUUAUAUGCUUUAAAAAAGGCCAGGUCCUUUGCCUCAGAAAUGGUAGUAAUUGUGGUAGAUGACAGCAGAUAGAAAGUAACUUAUGCAUGUCUGCUCUCCUCCCAGAGGAGAGCUUCUUGCUUGUCAUUCUUCUGGAAAUUCUUUUCUUCCUAGCUCAGUAUCAGUAGCUCAAAUGUCUGGAGAAAAUAGAAUUAUUAGAAAAUGAAAGUGUUAGUUUUGAAGGAAUUCUCACAGACUUCUCCUUGAAUCUGCAUGAGUGCAAAGCUCUUGCUUAGUUCAAUUAGAAAGCCAAGAGCAAGGAACAGGAAAGUGAAUUCCUGCUGAUAAAUGUUUGUGAUUAUUUCAUAGAAUCAUAGAGUAGCUUAAGGUGAAAGAGACCUUAAAAGAUCACCUAGUUCCAACCCCUCUGCCACGGGUAGUAUUGCUAGCCACCAGUUCAGGCUGCACAGUGCCUCAUCCAGCCUGGCCUUGAGCACCUCCAAGGAUGGGGCAUUCACAGCUUCUCUGGGCAGCCUGCGUCAGAGACUCACUGCCCUCCAAGUAAAAAAUUUCUUCCUAACAUCUGAUCUAAAUCUCCCCUCGUUUAGUUUAAAGCCAUUGCCCCUUGUUCUAUCACUACCAGACUGUGUAAAAAGUUGGUCCCACUCCUGCUUGUAAGCUCCCUUCAAGCACUGAAAGACUGCAAUUAGGUGUCCCUGGAGCCUUCUUUUCUUCAUGCUGGACAAGCCCAGCCCUCUCACAUCUUCAUAAAAGAGGUGCUCCGUCUGUGCAUCUUUGUGGCCUCCUCUGGACCUGCUCCAACUCUUCUUCCCUUGUGUACUGGGGAUCCCAGACCUGAUAUGUAGUGCUCCAGAUGGGGCCUCACAAGGGCAGAGCAGAGGGGAACAGUCACCUCUCUCUCCCUGCUGUCACACCCCUGUUGAUGCAGUCCAGGAUACUUGGAACUUCAAAUCUGCAUGAGCACACUGAUGGCUCAUGUCCAGCUUCCCAUCUACCAGGACCUGUAAGGCCUUCUCCACAGUGUUGCUCUCAGGGAGUCUGUACAUGUAUCUGGGAUUGCCCUGACUGAAGUGCAACACCUUGCACUUGGCAUUAUUGAACCUCAUCAGAUGUGCCCACUUUUUGAGCCUGUCCAGGUCCCUUUGGGUGAUGUCCCUUCUUUCCAUUGUGUCAACUGCACCACUCAGCUUGAUAUCAUCAGCGAACUGCUGAGGGUACAUUUGAUCCUGCUACAUCCUUUCCUGUUCAAAGGAAGAUACUUUUUUGAGGCUCUGCAUGCUUCUGUGGUUUUGCUCCAAGUUUCCUUACACACUUCAUGCACAUGAAUGAAAACAUGAGUGAAAAUAAUGGAAAUAAUGAUUACAAACGUGUAAGAAGUCACUAUCUGCUGAGGUAUAAUCUGGUGCUUAUUUUGAUUUUUUAACUUAGAAAAUAUUUGCUCAGCUCAAAGUAAAAUAGUAGAACAGAACAAGAAAAUAAAGUCAUUCUUUGGGGAUUAAGACAUAUACAGAGGACUUGCAGGAUCAGGUCCUAAGCAAAAAGUUAGUAUUUACCAGUAUGAAUAUUUAUGUAGUGUCUGAUUGGUUCAUUUGUUUAUAUGAUGAAUGACUUUGUUAAAACAAACAAACAAACAAACAAACAAACAAACAAAAAAGCAUUAUAAAUGUUUAUUAUGAAUGAUUGCAUUGACUUUUGAAAUAACUAUCCUGAGAUAACUUGAGAACUUGUGUUAGUUUGUUUAAGGAAUAAAUGCUUUCUAAAGAGAUCAUAUUAAAGAGAAAAAAAAAAAAGCA